CCCACUCACAUCAGCAAUUUCAUCCUCUAUCAUCUACCACCCAGUCAUCCUUCUCACCAGAACCACUAACACCCAAGACAAACUAAGCAAGCACCUAAAAAGAUGCCUGUUCCAUCUGUGGCCACCUUGGCCUCCAGAACCUCAACCCUCCCGUCCUCACCCCAUGUGCAUCGUUUCAGCGUGCGGAGAAAACACCCUGCGAAUCAUGAUCUCGUCUCCUCGCGCCUGAUACCACUCGUCCAACUCAAGGAACCUGCCGAUGACUACCCCAGCCAGCCCAUAGAUAUCUUCUCUGAUCUAGUCAAGCAUCACACCAAGGAAGAGCUGGACAUCAUGAGGCAAAAGGCCACAGAGGAGAUAGCAGCUGUCCAGAGGCACGAACUCCCAGCAGCAGCAGCAGCAGUGACCAUCACAAGAAAAAGCUCCCUUUUCUCGAACCUCGAACAUUACGAGGAUGAAGACCUCGACCAUGACAUCAAUGACCUCAUCCAUACGGGUCGGACUUUCUCUCGUUUCAGCGAUGACCUGUCCGAGGACCAGUCCUGGUCAGAUGAAGAGGACUCGACAAGAUCCCAAGAAGCCAUGCUGCCGUCGACCACGACAACGCCUCGCUCAUCACGCAUGAGUUCCACUGUGAAGACGGAUCUUAAUAGUUUGACGCAUGAGGCGCUUGAAGAUUAUCAAUAUCAGUGCGAUGAAGAUGCAAAGUCGGCCUAUCGAGCCCACAGAACCCAGUCAUACGUGCACACAAUGUCCUCCUCGGCGUGGUGGGCCACUCCCUCUCCCUCGGAUAGCUCUCUCACCGACAAGACGGACAACCAUCGUAUGACGGAGGAGAUGCUUCAAAACCAUUAUCAACUGGGACUGGCGGCGGAGAGAAGGGCAAUUAGUCGAGCCAUCAAAAGCCGGUCACGCCUCCACACAACAUCCUCACCCACGCCGUCCAUCAGUCGCGCUCCGUCGACCAGCUUUCUCGCCGAGGAGGACUUCCUUCUCUACCUCCGGAGAAUAGAUGCCAAGCAGGACCGAAUGAUGAUGGUCGCGCAGUGCAACUGGCCCAUCUGCAAGCAUCAGCAGACCCUGCUCAGCAUUCAGCAGGCCCUGCUCCAAGAGCAGCAGACUCUUAUUGACGACCAGAAGGCCAUGAUCGCCGACCAGCAGGCCUUACUGGCGGACCAGAAGACCCUACUCGCCGAUCAGCAGACCUUGCUCGCGGACCAGCAGACUCUGCUCAGCAACCAAGAGACCACCACAAGAAGCUUGCAGAGCCAUCAGGAGUGGAGUCCGGUCAUUGAAUCACCCAUGUUGGCACCACCGUCCUCAGCAAACAGCACUGGACCCAGCACCAGGGCUCCAACGAGAGCCCCGACACCCUCCCGCAACUGCAACAAUCACCGAGCCCCCAGACAUCCCCGAUGUCAGCCCCUUCUCACCACUCAAGAGAUUGUUAUAAGUUCCCUGGCGAACCAGCAGGAUUUGGAUCUAGUCAUCGAUCCGGGCAUGUUGGCCCCACCGCCCUCGGCAAACAGCACCUGCGCUCCAACCAGAGCCCCAACACCAACACUCGCCGACAACGACGACGACCAGCAAGCCCUCCCAUCGUGGUCAUUCAGCACACGGCUGCCUUAUCGCCCCAGGGUUCGGGUUUGA